AGGGGCGGGGCUUGACCCUCAGACACGUCGCAUAAAAGCAGGGGAAUCUGCAAACCAUUACCAACAAUAUAACAGUUUUUCACCCAGGCAGCCGUCCCAGCAGCCACGCACUGUUCCAUCAUGUUGCCACAUAACGUAAGAGGUAUUGCAAUGGAGGAGUCCGACCAGAAACUCGCUCAAAUGAAGUCGAUAAUCAAUGAGAUCAAGGCUAUCUACAACCAGGGCACCCCGUUAUUCACCAAAGAAGCCAUGCGGAAGGUCGGUCAAGAACUCGAAAUUUGCAAGACAGUUACUUCGGGUCGUCGAUAUAUCACACUAAGGGGCAUCAACGGAGUCAAUUAUACGAACCCCGUUGAUCACCCCCGGGAACAACUUACGUCGAGAGCCGAGUUAUACGUUGGGGGUUCAACUUGGGUUAUAAACUACAACUCAAUCGAAUCUCUUACAAGGGAGAGAGACAUUGAGUUUUUCUCUCCCCAGCGUGCAUACCUGGCGAUGGAGAUUAAUGCCUGUUACAGAGAGCUAGAAACCCCUCUCAUUCCCGAUGAAAAUAAUUUGCAGAUAUUUUCUACCGAAGAUUUGCUCAAAGCUUACCAAGAUAUCGGACGACAAUGGAGGACUAGCGACUACUACCAACAGCUUCAAGCGGCACUUGCUAAAGUAAAAUCCCCUAUUGCUUUGGAUAAAAUCAUUGGCGUUGCAUUAGGGCCCUUAACAAUACAGACUCAACUUAACCAUCGCUCCGUCCUCCAGCAUAUACUAUUGUCUGCUAUUCAAUCGAUCUUCAUUGAACAGAAUGUAUUAUCGGCUUCGAGUAAGCGAUAUGUGCAAGACCCGGUAUAUACACAAGAACAUCAAGACGCUUUAUCUCUUACCGAGUUUACCAUGCUUGAAGAUCCCCAGGCAUUUCUUGCCUUGGACAAUUCAAGUGUUCUGCUGUCCAUUUGUGCCGAUAUUCCGGUGAAAGAGAUUAUAGCAGACAUUUGCUGUCCCGGUGUUAUAAUAUGGGAUAGGAAGAUAAAUGAUUCUGUUUUAAGUAGCGAUUAGAACUAACCUAGACUCUUCGAGGGUCGACAAACUUCUCGAGCAAAAUUAUCAUGAGUUGCACUUCCCAUUUCACGAGUCAUUCAGUGAUCUAGUUAUGUAUGUUAGGAAGACUACUUGAGGAGGAUGAUGUUGUUGCUGCAACUAUGCUGUACUACUCAGGUACUUAUAACAAGAUGUCACGCAGAAUCACUGCUGUU